AUGCCUGCACAAGCCACGGCCAUGAUGAACACGGAAGCCGAAGGUGUCACCCGUCUCUCGGAUUCGUUAAUCUUGUAUCAACUCAGACAAAUUCGCCCCAAGUUCGAUGCCGCGUCAACCUACGACCUUGUCCGUGCUUUCGGCCCGCUCACGCAAGCUCACCUAUGCUACCCUUUCACAGUUUUUACAAUUGCGGAUUAUGACCAAAUCAACAACCCUGCGGCCAUUCUCUUUCUGCCAAUACUGAACAACGAACAUCUCGCCAAAUCAUUGGCGACCAUGGCUGACCUCCAUGCUCCGACCAUUGUGGCAGCCAACAAACUCGUUGCAAAUUUCAUUAUCAAGAAUUUACGAGAAGUAUCUGAUCUGUCAUCACUCAACUUCCAUUAA